CACACACACACACACACACACACACAUCCACGGCUGCUUCCAUCUAUCCACGCUGUUCACUUCAUUGUACUGACCGAGCGCAUCAAUUAGGCGAGAAUUGGGCUCUUUUGGAUGCAAUAACUCUCCUCCCGCACUUCGAAGAGGAUUAAAAACCCGCGGACCGAGGCGCAGAGAAGUUUUGAGCGCGGCGAAGCGGAGGGAACCGAAGCACAGCCAUGCCCUCGGUGAUGGAGCGCUCGGGAUCCGGGGUCCUGUCCAGGAGCCGAGCCAAGACCGUUUCCAACGGCAACAGCCAAACCCACUCUGAAGAGGAGAGCAGCGAUGAGGAUCAUGCUCAUGAUAGUAUGAUCAGAGUUGGAGGAGAUUAUCAGGCUCCGAUACCAGAGUUCAAACCAGACAGUCCAACUCGCUAUAAUGAGGACCAGAGAAGCAUGUUGGUCUGGUGUCCCAACAGCCAACUCUCUGAUGCAAUGUUGGACGAGUACAUCCUGAUGGCUAAAGAGAAACAUGGAUACAACAUGGAGCAGGCUCUGGGCAUGUUAUUAUGGCACAAACAUGACGUGGAGCGCUCCCUUGCUGACCUGGCGAACUUCACCCCCUUCCCAGACGAGUGGACCGUGGAGGACAAAGUGCUGUUUGAGCAGGCCUUCAGCUUCCACGGCAAGAGCUUCCACCGCAUCCAGCAGAUGCUUCCUGACAAGCUGAUCUCCAGCCUUGUGAAGUACUACUACAGCUGGAAGAAGACCAGGACUAGGACCUCCGUCAUGGACCGACAGGCGAGGAGGCUGAUCAGCAAGAGAGAGAAAGAAGAUAGUAACGAUGAGGUUGAGGAAGCAGAUCCUGGCAGCGACAGUGACUUUGAGAUUGACACCAAGAAAGAGGCAGUGAAACCAAACCCCAAUAACGCCAACUCGGACAAGGCUCCCCUAAGUCGCUCCGGGCCCGUGAAGAAGGAAAACCUCGGGGCUCAGUACCGCCACCACCCGCUCCGAGCCCGCCGCCGCCCCCCCAAAGGCAUGUACCUGCAGCAGGGGGAUAUCAUGUCGGUCUCAGCCUCUCACGAUGCCGGGGUGGUAACUAUACGACAGCUGGACACACAGUUGGUGUCGCUCAAGAGACAGGUCCAGUCUAUUAAACAGAACAACAGUAGUUUAAAGCAGAGUUUAACCGAAGGUGUUGACACUUUAAAACCUGCUGAGCCUGUCCCUAAGAUGAACUCUCGUUGGACCACAGAAGAGCAGCUACUGGCUGUGCAGGCUAUCCGUCGCUAUGGCAAAGACUUUGCCGCCAUCGCUGAGGUGAUCGGGACCAAGACACCAGCCCAGGUGAGUUCGUUCUUCGUGAGCUACCGGCGCAGGUUCAACCUGGACGAGGUUCUGAGGGAGUGGGCGGCCGAGCAGGUGGCCACCAGCCGAGACCAGAGGGAACCACGGAGGAGCGGCGAGGACACGGCAGCAGCAACAGAAGGAGCUGCUGAGGAGGACGAGGUCAAGAUGGAGGACUCUCCCUCAGACAUUACUGGCGACUCCUCUUCUCCGUCCUCCACCCAGAUCACUUCUUCCCUCUCCCAGCCCCCACCACUGCUGCGCCCCGCGCCUCCUUCGGCUCCCCCCAGCUUCCUGCGUCAGCCCCCUCCUCUGCAGACGCGUCCGCUCCAGAACAGAGCGCCACACAACCACCCCCCGCCUCCGCUCAUCCGCCCCGCAGUGACCACCUCGUCCUCCUCCAGUGGGAGCUCUGGCCUCAGGGCUUCUCCUCCCAGCUCCUCCUCCGCUGCAGGGCAGAUGCCCCCGUCGCUGGUCGGGCUCAAAGUGGAGCAGCCCACCUCUCAUUGAUGUGUGUAUAUACAUACUCACGUUACUCUAGGAAUACAAACAAUGCUGUCACUUCUAGUCAAGGUUCAUAAAACCAUUACACAUCACCACAUGAUCCAUCACAUCUCUUUAAAUGCGAGUGUAAGGACCCUGAGGUCCGCUUUAGAAAAGCAGUGAGCUGAAGCCCCUUUACUAUUCUAACAAACCUACCUCCACAUUGAGCACACACACAUCCCUUUAAACACUUCUGAACAACACAUCAGAUUGUCGAGCUGUUGAAGAAAACAUGACUGCAGAGAGCCAAACCCACCUGCUCGUUCCCAUGGCAACAGCUGAAUUGCGGAGACGCAAAUAUACACUGUAGGGUCACCUGGGCAGGGAUAAAGUCAUCCAAACGACCUUCAGGAAACUCAAGUUCCCACGAUAGCCAAGCCUGCUCUUCCCAAUGAGUCUGAGUGACGGGCUUUUCUUUCUUUGCUUUAAAACAUGGACCCUCACAAAUAAAACCACCUUCGACUCAUAGCUGUGCUGAUUUUACCGACGCAGCUUUUAAUGGUUGAAGAGCAUGUCGCCCUCUUCGCUCAAACUCAUGACUAGUACUACCUGGAGGAAUGUUUACCCUUUAUUUGACUAGACUUUAAAAGUGGGCCCUAGGCAGCCAGUUAGUUAUUGUAAGUAGUUUAGAUAGUGCAUACUUUAUUGACUUGAGGAGAAUGAGGUCCCACCGCUAACAUUUCAGUAGUCUGCCUCUGUGGAAAAUACAUAGACGAGGUUCACAAAGGGAAGGGGAUGUUCUGCCAAAGUAUCGCUUUAAAACCUCGUCGAUCCACAGAAUGUCGUGUGGUUGCUUCCCCCGUGUUACAUACAGGAGAAAAAAAACCAUGUGUUUAAAGGAAUGUUUGCUGGGAGGGAGACGAGGAUGUCCAUGCCACUUGUGUCUGUCAGGUAGACGUGAAGAUGCUAACUUCGCACAAAGGCCAGGUGGGAACGGGAAUACAAAUCCCAAAAUGCCCAACCAGCUCAGGCUAGUUGAGAAGUUUGGAGUCCAAAUGAGGCAGCUUUCUGUGUCGCUUACAGAUGUUUGUGGUGUAACGUCAGCCAGUUGAAUCAUUCCGGCUUCUCUGUAACGCUCCCUUAUGUUCAUUAUAUCCCUGAGCUGAUGCCAGGCGUCCUGUACAUUUAACUGUGUUCGGUGCUUCUUCACCAAUCUUCGGUCCAUUGCUACAUUUGGCUUUAAAAAGUGUUGUUUGUUAUCUUAACUGUUCCUUCCUCCAAUAAUGGUUUGUGUGUACUGUUAAGUGAGAAGUUUACAUUGUGGAAACUGAUUCAUUUGACAAAUGUUUUUUUUAGAAUAAAGAAAUGACCAAAUA